AGAGGAUUUGGCGCAUCCCCGGCAUGACGCGAGGUGACAGCGGCUCCUGUGGGUCCGCACCCCCAGCGACCUGAGCCCUGGCAGUAGCCCAUGAGUGAGAGCCGGCAGCGGUGCGGGAGCGCAGCGUCUUUGCGCACACUUGGUGCGUCUCGCACUCCAGCCCGGGGACAUGGACGGCAAAGUUUCCGAGGGAGCUGGGGGAAUCGGUGACACCCCCUCCUCUUCCUCCUCCUCAUCAUCUUCUCUCUCCUCCUCGGGCUCACAGACUCUAUCGGAGGGGGGGAUGAAGGCGAUAUCUGGGGGGAGCAGCACCGACUGCGACUCGGAGGGUCAGUACAUCACACGGGAGGGCGCUGGAGGGAUACGCCAAGGGGAGCAGCAGAGAGGACAGCGGUGCAGAGGGAAGCAGGACGGAGAAGAGGACGACGAGGAGCUUGACAACAUACUAUCCCCACCUCCCAUGCAGUUACGCAAAUGUAGCACUCCUGAGGUGUCGCUUAGGUCGAGUAAAUCGGUUAAGUACAAGACGUCUCUGAAUGAAGAUGGCAGACUUUUAAGGAGAGGGAGUCUCGGAGGAGCUUUGACUGGGCGAUACCUGCUACCUACAGGAUCUGUACAACAAACAUGGCAAGCCUCUACAGAAACCUCUAAUCUUGUGCGGAUGCGGAGCCAGGCUCAAGGACAGUCUGCCCCGUCUCUUACAGCCAGCCUGAAAGAACUAAGCCUACCAAGACGGGGAAGCUUAAAGAUAGUACCAGCAAUCCAAGACCGUCUACCUUCUUUUCUGAGCAGAAAACGAACAGAGCAGGGAGUCUCGGCAAGUGACAUCCAAAGCUUGCCCCACACAGGCAGAUCCGUGGCAAAUUCUGUCAAUCAGCGUUGUAGGACAAGCAACAGGAAGAGUUUAAUUGGCAACAGUCAGUCUCCAGCUCUUCCGCGACCCCACUCACCGCUUUCUGCACAUACAGGAAGCAGCCCGCAAGACAGCCCGAGGAACUUCUCUCCCAGUGCAUCAGCUCAUUUUUCAUUUGCACGAAGGACUGAUGGACGGCGUUGGUCUUUGGCCUCUCUGCCCUCAUCUGGGUAUGGAACGAAUACACCGAGCUCCACCGUAUCUUCAUCCUGUUCCUCCCAGGAGAAGCUACAUCAAUUACCAUAUCAACCAACACCUGAUGAACUACAUUUUUUGUCCAAACAUUUCUGCACGGAGAGCAUUUCCAGCGAUGACAGAUGCCGGAAUACGCCGCUACGCCCUCGCUCCAGAAGUCUCAGCCCUGGACGUACACCGGCAUGCUGUGACCAUGAAAUAAUUAUGAUGAACCAUGUGUACAAAGAAAGAUUCCCGAAGGCCACGGCUCAGAUGGAAGAGCGGCUUCAGGAGAUCAUCACCAACUAUUCCCCUGACAGCGUGCUUCCCUUGCCAGAUGGCGUGCUCAGCUUCACCCAUCACCAAAUCGUGGAGCUGGCUCGAGACUGCCUAGACAAAUCCCACCAAGGUCUCAUAACCUCAAGAUAUUUCCUGGAGUUGCAGCAAAAAUUAGAGAAGUUAUUACAGGAGGCUCAUGAGAGGUCAGAAAGUGGAGAUAUGGCUUUCAUUAAACAAUUAGCCCAAAAAAUCCUGAUUGUCAUUGCACGCCCUGCACGCUUAUUGGAAUGCUUGGAAUUUGAUCCUGAAGAAUUUUAUUACCUCUUGGAAGCAGCAGAAGGCCAUGCUAAAGAAGGGCAAGGCAUUAAGACAGAUAUACCUAGGUAUAUUAUCAGCCAGCUGGGACUCAACAAGGACCCACUUGAAGAAAUGGCUUUGCUGGCUAACUAUGAUAGUGGAACCGCGGAAACCCCAGAAACCGAUGAAUCUGUCAGUAGUUCAACCAGAUCUCUGAAAAUGAGAAGGAAGCCGUGUGAGAUCGACUUUGAAACGAUUAAACUGAUCAGCAACGGAGCUUAUGGGGCCGUUUACUUUGUCCGUCACAAAGAAACGCGUCAGAGAUUUGCGAUGAAGAAAAUCAAUAAGCAGAACCUAGUCCUUCGAAACCAGAUUCAACAGGCCUUUGUGGAGAGGGACAUCUUAACAUUUGCAGAGAAUCCAUUUGUGGUCAGCAUGUACUGUUCCUUUGAGACGAGACGUCACUUAUGUAUGGUCAUGGAGUAUGUGGAAGGAGGAGACUGCGCAACUCUACUAAAGAACAUGGGUCCUCUGCCUGUGGAUAUGGCACGGAUGUAUUUUGCAGAGACGGUUCUUGCUUUGGAAUACCUCCAUAACUAUGGGAUAGUACACAGAGACUUGAAACCUGACAACUUGCUGGUAACAUCAAUGGGGCAUAUUAAACUUACAGAUUUUGGACUUUCAAAAGUUGGCCUCAUGAGCAUGACCACCAAUCUCUACGAGGGUCACAUUGAGAAGGAUGCCCGAGAGUUUCUCGACAAACAGGUCUGUGGCACACCUGAAUAUAUAGCCCCAGAAGUGAUACUGAGACAAGGCUAUGGGAAGCCUGUUGAUUGGUGGGCCAUGGGAAUUAUCCUGUAUGAAUUUCUGGUUGGCUGCGUUCCCUUCUUUGGUGAUACUCCAGAAGACUUGUUUGGUCAGGUUAUCAGUGAUGAAAUAAAUUGGCCUGAAAAGGAGGACGCGCCACCCCCUGAUGCUCAGGACCUCAUUACUUUACUACUCAGGCAAAAUCCUCUGGAAAGACUCGGGACAGGGGGAGCUUAUGAGGUGAAGCAACAUUCUUUCUUUUGCACCUUGGACUGGAACACUUUGCUGAGGCAGAAAGCAGAGUUUAUUCCACAGUUGGAAUCAGAAGAUGACACCAGCUAUUUUGACACACGUUCUGAAAAAUACGACCACAUGGAAACAGAAGAGGAGGACGAUACAAAUGAUGAGGAUUUCAGUAUGGAAAUUAGACAGUUUUCCUCAUGCUCACACAGGUUUUCUAAAGUGUUUAGCAGCAUCGACCAACUGAUGCAGAACAAAAUGGAGGAAAAGGACGAUACUACAGAGAAAACAAAAAUCCUGAAUCUACCGCCAGUGGAAUCGCUGAGUUGGAGCUCAGAAUAUUCUGAGAUGCAGCAACUAUCUAUAUCCACCUCUUCUGACACUGAAAGUCUCAAGCAACGGCACAAUGCCAGUCUGCUGCCGAAAUUUGCCAUCUCUUCUGACCUGGAACGUGACGAGCCCUGUGCUGAGGAGCCACAAGAAGAAGGAGAUAAGUCUGUUCUUGUUUCGGAGGACUCUCCACAGGACGAUCCCGAUCUCACCACACCUGUCAGUGUUAGCAGCUCUACAGUUUCAGUGAGUAGUUUCUCAGAGCACUUAGAUCAUGUAAUGAGUGGAAGGAGCGAGAGUGUGGACAGUACAGAUAAUUCCUCAAAGCCCUCCAGUGAAAAUGCUUCUCAUACGGGUCGUCCGCGAUUAGAAAACACAGAGAAACAGAAAGUGACGGGGAAAGUCACUAAAUCCAUCUCUACCAGUGCACUCUCUCUCAUGAUCCCUGGAGAUGUGUACAGUGUGUCGCCUCUCGGGAGUCCAGUAUCCCCACUCUCCAUAUCGUCAGAUCCAUCCUCCAGAGAUUCCUCACCCAGCAGGGAUUCAUCCAUCUCCUCUUUCAGUCCGAGGCAGCCAAUCGUCAUUCAGAGCUCUGGCAAAAAGUUUGGUUUCACUCUCCAGGCAAUCCGCGUGUUUGUAGGGGACAGUGAUGUUUACACCGUGCACCAUAUUGUCUGGAGUGUUGAAGACGGAAGCCCCGCUUACCAAGCUGGUCUUAAAGCCGGGGAUCUCAUUACUCAUAUAAAUGAGGAGCCAGUGCAUGGGCUAGUUCACACAGAGGUGAUAGAACUCCUGCUGAAGAGCGGCAGUAAGGUGGCAAUCACUACAACCUCCUUUGAGAAUACAUCAAUAAAAACUGGUCCUGCCAGGAGGAACAGCUACAGAAGCCGGAUGGUGAGACGCAGCAAGAAAACAAAGAAGAAGGAAAAUAUAGAACGGAGGAGGUCUUUCUUCAAAAAACUGGCAAAGCAGCCGUCUCCCCUGCUUCACACUAGUCGAAGCUUUUCCUGCUUAAACCGCUCACUGUCAUCUGGGGAAAGCUUACCAGCAUCACCCACUCACAGCCUGUCACCCAGAUCUCCUACUCCGAGCUGUCGUUCCACCCCAGACUUUCCAUCUGGCACUAAUUCUUCCCAGAGCAGCUCCCCAAGUUCAAGUGCUCCAAACUCCCCAGCAGGUUCUGGACACAUUAGACCGAGCACUCUUCAUGGCUUGGGUCCAAAGCUAGGUGGACAGAGAUACAGGUCUGGAAGACGUAAGUCUGCUGGCAGCAUACCCCUCUCCCCACUGGCAAGAACCCCAUCACCAACUCCUCAGCCUCCCUCCCCACAGCGCUCUCCAUCUCCUUUACAUGGGCACUCAAUAGGGAGCUCUAAGCCAACGACCACGUUCCCAGCAAAAAUGCAUUCCCCGCCAACAAUCGUAAGGCAUGUUGUCCGACCCAAGAGUGCAGAGCCCCCGAGGUCUCCACUUCUGAAGAGAGUACAGUCAGAAGAGAAGCUUUCACCAUCAUACUGUUGUGAGAAAAAGCAUUUAUGCCCCCGCAAGCACAGUCUGGAGGUCACCAAGGAAGAGGUUCAUAAGCAGUCCUCACAGCGGGACAUCACAUUGCAAAGCCUAGAGGAGAACACAUGUGACAUCCCUGCAUCCACACGCGUUAGACCUGUAGAGCAAGGCUGUCUGAAGCGCCCAGCAUCACGAAAAUUGGGCAGACAGGAGUCCCUGGAUGACCUAGAUAAAGAGAAACUGAAGGCCAAGAUUGUCAUAAAGAAAAAAGAAAUGUCCGAGAGAUCAGACUUCCUUCUGAAACAGAAUAUAACGCAGGAGUUGCACAAUGAAAUAGGACACCAAGCUGCAGAGGUGGAGAAGGAAGAAAAAGCACAUCAGACCGUUUUAAGAAGGUCAAACAUAGCGGAUAAUAAAUUUGCUACUUAUGAACCUUGUUCUGCUGGUAUCAUGUUUAAGGACACUCACUGCAAGAGUGCAAAUCCACGACCGAACGGUGCCAACGCUUGUGCAGAUCCCCAUUUAUUCUGUCAUGGCUCCCCUCUUGCCGAUACUGCACACCUGUCCUACGAACUCAAGAAGGCUCCCACUUCAAGCUCCCUGCAGGAAAAAAUUCUCCAUCCGCCUGACAAGGUCAUAAAAGAUGACAAUUUAGAGAAGUCCCCUCCGACCAACAUUGAUUUUUUCAGGAUGAAAAAAUCCUUUGAAGAGAAAGAUGGUGGUUUCUGCCCGGCCUUAAAAUCUAAAAUUGGCCCCGUGUCCCAUGAAUGCAUGCAGACAAAGCCUGGACAUUUACCAACAGAGACUUUAUCCUUGCUAGAUAACAGGACUUGUAUAUCUAAUGUUCAGAGCAACCCGGUUUCUUUUGCAUCAUUGAAAACUACUAACAAUAGAUGUGAAAGUAUUGCAGACAAAUCAAGUGUUACAACCACAGAGACACCUGUCCGGAAAAGCCCCUCUGAAUAUAAACUAGAAGGAAGAGCUGUAUCCUCCUUGAAGCCAAUUGAAGGUACUUUAGACAUAGCAUUGCUGUCAGGACCAAAGGUUUCAAAAGCGGAGUCUGAUAUAACUUGUAAUAACCCCCUAAAAUCUGACGAGCAAAGCCGAAAUUCAAAGAACGAGGCUCCAGACAGUGGAAAGGCAUUAUUAUUUACCAAACCAAGCUCUAAUUGCUCAAAUAUACUGGCGGGGCACAGGGGACCUAUUAAAGAGAAGCCGAGUGAGUCUACACAAGCUGAUUGCUCAACUGCAAAGAUUUGUCAAAACAAAGAUGUAUCGGAUCUUAGGACAAAGAAAAAUGUUGUGGAUGAGACUAAUUCUGCUCAAAGUCAAAGGAUAGGCGCAGUGCAGCCGCCAAUGAGGGGUCCAGCAGCAGAAGGAGUGUCUCUUUCUGUGAAAGCUAAUAGACAAGAGAUGACAUCUCUGGAUAUGUCCUCUGUCAAAUGCUCACUGGAGCAUAGGUUUAGUACAUCAUACUCUGAAAGGACUCCUACAUCUCGGGAAUCCUUUGAGAAUACUGCUGCUACAAGUCUGACACAAUCUAGCAUCUCUGAAAAGUACGUCUCUGCGCUCAGUUGUAUAGAGGAAGUAAAUCAACAGGCAGCUGUUCCCCAGACAGACCCUAAUCAUCACACGUGUAUGGCAAAGAAUGUUGACUCUUCUUUUCUAGCUGAACUCGGGGUUAGCAAAAAAGCUGUUUUGAAUGCACAAGAAGAAUCCUCUUCUGUGAGCCGCAGCAGCCAAAGUAAAAAUCAACAAAACGUUCUGCAAAAAAGUCCUCUGGAGCGUAUCACGAAAAAUGAUGCAGAUGUUUUGAAAAAAGGAUUCUCCUCUGUUAAUAUGCAACAGUCACCUACAGCUAUGAAUGACCACUCCGGAACCAGUACCAAAACCAUCAUGCCACUAAAAGAAGAGCAUAGGUCUGCACAUACGCACUUAGCCAGCUGCAUCAAUAAGGCAAAAGUGGCAACAGAAUCAAAGCCCAGCUCUGUUAAAAUAGCCCUCUCCGAUAAGCCAGUGCUCUCACAAAGCCCUAAUCCCAAACUGUCUGACCUACAGAGCAAUCUAACAGCUGUUCAGCAACCUGAAUGCCCUGUCAAAGUUGACCCCAGCCUGAAUAUGGACUCUAGCGCCCCCACCCAGUACAAAGAUACCACUAAAACUGCAACCGCUUUAAUAGCGUCUACUCCUGUUGAGCGUGUAAAUACAAAGGUCACCACCAGAGUGUCCACUUCUGAACAUUGUCUCAAUGGCAGUCCAGCAGUCGGCUCUGACCCACCAGGCGCUGUUAACCAUAAGGAAUGUUCUGCAAAAUCAUAUUUAAAAGAAAAAACAAGUGCGCACGCUAAAUUAGCCAGAGUGGCCGCUACCAAACACUGUGCACAAGGAAGGGCUGCUCUGGAAGGCAUGGAAGUCAGACUUUCAUUCAUUGAAAGCUCUCCAGAAAAGAAAUGCACUGAAGCACUUUAUCUCCUGAGUGACAAAGGGAAAAGUAAGAUUACUUCUGUUGUUACAAACAGAGACACUAGAGAGAUGAUUACCGAAAAGCACAAGUCUAGUGUUUCUCAAAACGUAAUAGGGAAGGAAGGAGACCCGAGGAAGACACUGUGUGAUCCUAAAGGCGGCAGCGCUGCUUCUCCCAAAGCUGUGUGUCCAGAUGUCUCUGUCGCUAAAACGCACUUGAAUGAAUGUCCUGGGACCAUGUUUAAGGAGAAAAAUGAGCAAAACACCAAUUUGAAUGUUGCAAAUAUCAAAGUUAAGAAGGAGGCCCAGGUAUUCCCCGGUAAGACUGGUGCCAAGGAUGGCUGCAGCCUUUCAAGUAAAUCCGUCACCGAAAAACAACUAGGUGCCCUUACCAAUGCUGCAGCCCCAGCGACGGUCCGCAGGGACCCCCCUUCCUCUCCUAACAAGAAGAAUGUCACAAAAUAUGUGCCCAAGUCACCAGCCGCUCCUCUAGAGAAUUUCAGCACCCUUUCCUCCGAAAGAGACUUAAAAGGACAGAAGCGGGGAAAGGACACCGUUUCACAGAGUAGUCUUCACAAAAAGACUUAAUCUGCCAGCUCCAUCACCAAGACCUCUUUACUGUAGUAGCUGCUAAUCUUGGACUUUUUCAAAACCAGCACUGUGUAUGUAUUAGUAUCAUGUUGUGUGUUGAAACAAAAUAAGUAAAGAGGGUUGUAGCUGUCAACUCAAAUACCCAACUGUGAUCUGUUUGCCAACAGAGUGCGGUUGUGGGCAGAAAGAUGUCUUUACUGGUGGGAAAGGGCUAUGGGGGAAAAGGUCUGUGUGUAUUGACACUAUUGUAUUUGUGUUGAAUGUAGAAUGUGCAGUUUGCUGCUGAAUCUCACUGUCCAUUUGUAACUUGCUUCACAAAGCUGCAAAAUUCAAAAAAUUAACAAAACCAUGUUUUUUACUGCUGGCGAAAGGCAGUUAUUUUCCUACAGUGGCAUUUACAAGGAAAUAUUGGGCAGAUGUAUUAAGCCUGGAGAAGUUAUAAAGCAGUGAAAAGUGCAAGGUGAUAACACACUAGCCAAUCAGCUCCAAUAUGUCAAUUGGCAGUUAGGAGCUGAUUGGCUGGUGCGUGUCACUGCUUUAUCACUUCUCCAGGCUUAAUACAUCUGCCCCAAUGAGCGUUUGGUUUUCAUUUGUGACACCUGAAGAUCAGAUAGGGCUCUGAGACAGUAUCUCCACUUUGCUUUGAUAAUAAUAUGAGCUGGAUAAAAUAGAACGCAGCUUUGUAACAUUAUUGCUGUUAAAAGAAAGUAACUUCCAAAUUGUAGGCUCAACUCUAAAGGAAUGCGUUCUAUAAAAUAUCCGUUCUCAAAAGUUGUUAUGCUGCUGUGUUAACAAGCCCCCAACCCUGUGCCAAAUAGUUAAUAACAACCUUAUGCAGCCAAUCAGAAUCAUCCAGCAGCUCAAGUGGUUUGAUGCCACAAACGUGGUCAUUAAAAAUGUAAUCUCUUACUGUGUGUAUUUAACCAUUAUUAUUGUUAUCAAAGCAAUACAUUAAUCCCAUUUGCCUCCAUUUCACAAGUGCAAAAAUCUUGACUUUUGUGUGAAAGGAACCUUAUUUCUUGCAGUUAUUGAAUGUAUAUAUUUUGGUUUUGUUUACUACUUAGGCUUGAAAAAGGGAAACUUGUUUUGCAACGUAAAAAAAAAAACUGAGCAUUUCUUUGAAGAACAUUUGUAGAUGUUGAUACAUAGCUGGGGCCUUACCAUGUAGAGGUUUAGCUGUGCUGGGAAUAUACAUUAUUUUGUAAGAGCGUUAAAUAGCUCCAUACAUUUCAUAGCAUCUCUUUUUAUGUAUUAUAAAUAUGUGAAUAAUGUAACAUAAUAAAUAGGGGUUUUUGGGGGGGCCAUGUUAGAGCUUACUUGGUGCUUGGAGGGCAACUUUACUUUCUACCUUUUGUGAAGCCUUAUUUCAAUUUUAUAUACUUACUCGCAUCCACGUGUUUGUUAUAUCUUCACCCACAGAGGGGCAAAAUUAGAAACACACACCAGGCACGUUUCUCUCCACACUGCAUAAUGUCUAGCUGCUGUACUGUGGCAAUAAGAUGUUUUGAAGGAAAGUGUGACAGCCUGGUGCAAAUUCCUGCUGUCAGUAUGCUCAAUGCUGGAGUUUGCAAGACACAAAAAUGUUAGUGGCUUUUUAAAAGCAUUACUGAAACCACACAAAAGACAGGCACGUGCAACAAUCUCAUUGGACGUGUUUUGCCAUUUCAUUACCAUUCAAGUUGAGGAUGGGAUAGUGAAACAUGUUCUGCAACAUAACUUUCCAUAAGCCUGACUCCUGUCUCACACACAGCUUUGUAGCCACUUCAGAAAUGGUUUGUGUCCAUAAUCCUCGGCUGCAAAGAUGUGUUAUAGGUAUAGCCUUUUAGUCGCCGACACUGUGAACACACCACUCUCACAGCUGACUCUGCAACCUGCGUGAUGUUUGCGGAGAUCAGAUUUACAGUAAUUAGCUAAUCAUUAGCGCACGUGAAAGAAUUUUACCUCUAGAAACUGUGCGUUUAUUUUCUUGACGCUUCUUUGAAUAACAGAUUCAGUGGUUGCACAAUAACAAUAAAGAGGGUUUCAAGCAUUGCAGGCUUUCUGGAAUGUUAUGUAUAUUACCAAAUAUGAAUGCACCUGUCUGUCAUAGGCAUUGGGAAGCUGCUCAUUUUCCGCCUUUCUGAGUUCUCUCAUUCCCUGUGUAUUAAAUGUUUACACCUGUACUUGUUGUGUCGUCACUUCUCACACCUGUCACUCAUGUUGUAGUCUUAUAGUACCUGCUGUGUUCCUGUCCUACAUGUCUGUAACUGUUACCUUACUGCUGAGAUACUUGUGUUACUGUUUAGUCUCUUCUAUGUAACGUUUCUAAGGUCUGUGCUCCUUUUCUAGUCUCUUCUGCUGUAGAAAUACCAGCUUAGUAACUGUGCAAUAAAGUGUUUGUCGUCUUAACUUUCUAUAAAACAAAGUACACCAGAAGAAAACAACACAAAACUGUAUGAAUGUUGUAUUUGUUGUAUAUUGAACAAGUAUUUAUACUUCAGCUGCAACACGUAACAUUGAAAUAAAAAGUCGGCAUGAAGGUGAA